GAAAACUAUCUUAAACAGACGCCUGCGAGGACAGUCGGUUUGCAGGGUCCAGAUCAAGAGAUCAAGACCUUGGAAUUAAUGCAGAAAGCUUCAGAAUCGAUAUCUGAUGCAGAUAUGGUCGAUGUUCUCCUGAGAGGGGCUGAACAGCAUUGGUCUCUUAUGCCAUUGCAUGCAUGUCUCUCCCUUGUUCGGCCUGCCUCUUUCAUGUAUGGCCAAGCAUCUAAUCCCGGCUGGGGGAAUAGCGCAUCCUUUCCUCAAUGGCUCGGUCAAAAUUCUAAACAGAAUAAGCUACAGAGGACCUUAGGGGAUAUCCAGGCUAAAAUGCGCAUGAAGGUAUCUGGCGACAAGACCGAGAUACGAAGACAAUAUAUCCCUGCGUUAGCCCCGCAACUGGUUGAUCCCUUGGGACAGGGCAAGGUCUUUACUCAAUCUCACUUUAAAGUUGAAAGGAAUAACUCUUCUUUUAAGGACAAUAUUCAAAAUGUUAUCGACAUAAUGGAUGCAUAUUACCUGAGUCGGGAAGACUGGGACACCAUCGUUGAAUUAGGGGUUGGCGACCGGAGCGAAACGAGCGUUCUCAAGGGUAUCCCAACUGCCACCAAGACUGCAUUCACCAGGACGCAGCUCACGCAUCAGAAAAGCUAUAAUGGUGCCGACCACCCAAUUGCAUUCCAUAAAGGCACCGAUCUUGGAGCUCCAAUCAAGAAGAUCGCAGCAAAAGAUGUUCCGGACGUGGAAGAAGCGUUCGACAUCGACGACGAAGUACCCGAGGAUGAGGAAGAUGUCAAACCCAAGGCCAAGGAUACUGGAAUUAAUGAUAAACUGGUGAAGGAAGGGAAGGCUAAAGCCACCAAGGACACGAAGGGGAAGUCCACAAGUAAAGAAGCGAAGAAAGUGAA